CAAAUUUAUAAGAGUCAAAUUCCGAUAAAUCGAAAAUCUAAAUUUUAUGGAGAAAAGUUCAAGGAGCCAAUGAUUGGUAGACAAGACUAAAUAACACAUCUAGCAUCCAACCACAAAAAACACAAACUCAACAUGAAAUUCGUCAUUGUUUUCGUUGCUCUUUUCGGUUUGGCUUUGGCUGCUCCACCAUCCGCAUCCGGAGAUGCUAUUGUCACUCGUCAGGAUUCUGAAGUAGGACCCGAAAGCUACCAAUACAAUGUUGAAACCAGCGAUGGCAAGUCUGCUAGCGAAGAAGGUCACAUUGAAAACCUUGGCAAGGAAGACGAAGCUAUCUCAGUCAAGGGUCAAUUCAGCUACAUCGGUGAUGACGGUGUCACCUACCAAGUCACCUACAUUGCCGACAAGAACGGUUUCCAACCCCAAGGCGCUCAUUUGCCAGUUGAACCAAAAUUGUAAACUUGACUUCUUGUGAUCUGUUUACCCUGCCUUUUGUAUCUAUUUAUUGUGAACUUCAUAUCAGUCACUGAGAGAAUUACCAAUGA